AGCAGGGCAAAGAGGAGCUGGGGAGAACAAGACGUUAGCGCUGACACUCAUUUCAACAUGACAGGCCUACACGGAUUCGAGGGGGAAAACUAUUACAUCCCCAUGCACAACCGCACCGGGCUGGUCCGCGACCCGUUCUUGUACGAGCAGUACUAUUUAGCAGAUCCGUGGCAGUUCAGACUGCUGGCCGUCUACAUGUUCGUUCUGAUUAUCUUAGGUUUCCCCAUCAACACCCUGACACUCUUGGUCACGGCGCAGCACAAGAAGCUCCGCCAGCCACUUAACUUCAUCCUGGUGAACCUGGCGCUUGCCGGCUUAAUUAUGGUCUUAUUCGGCUUCACCAUCGCAAUCAGUUCAGCGGUCAACGGCUACUUUUAUUUCGGGCCGACCGCAUGCGCGAUCGAAGGCUUCAUGGCGACUUUAGGAGGUGAGGUGUCGCUGUGGUCGUUAGUUGUACUGGCUGUAGAACGAUAUAUUGUCGUGUGUAAGCCAAUGGGAAGCUUUAAAUUCUCAGCCACACAUGCAAUUGGAGGAAUCGGGUUUACCUGGUUCAUGGCCAUGACCUGUGCUGGUCCUCCUCUUGUUGGCUGGUCCAGGUACAUUCCUGAAGGUCUGCAGUGUUCAUGCGGUCCAGACUACUACACGCUCAACCCGAAAUACAACAACGAGUCAUACGUUAUGUACAUGUUCAUCGUUCACUUCACCGUCCCCGUCACCAUCAUCUUCUUCACCUACGGCCGGCUCGUGUGCACCGUCAAAGCGGCCGCAGCCGCUCAGCAGGAAUCGGCCUCCACUCAGAAGGCGGAGAAGGAAGUGACACGGAUGGUCAUCCUGAUGGUGGUGGGCUUCCUGGUGGCGUGGGUUCCUUACGCCAGUGUCGCAGCCUGGAUCUUUUUCAACAAAGGCGUGGCCUUCAGUGCACAGUUUAUGGCCGUUCCUGCCUUCUUCUCCAAGAGCUCGGCUAUCUUCAACCCCAUCAUUUACGUGCUGCUCAACAAACAGUUUCGGAACUGCAUGCUAACGACCCUCUUCUGUGGCAAGAACCCACUGGGAGAUGAAGAGACCUCAACAACGUCCACCAGCAAGACAGAGGUGUCCAGCGUGUCCCCGGCAUAGACGCUCCUCUCCUCCUCCUCUUGAACCCCCUUGUUUUUUUUUUUUUCAGGUUAUUUUUUUUGGCUUUUUGUCCUUAUUUCCUGUAAAUAUUUUUAUAUCUACAAUGCAUAAAAAAGACAAAAAAUGAUGAUGUGAAUGUAAUAAAUACUGCAUUUUAAAAAACGACUGAACGCUGCC